AUGGAGCCACCCGGCAUUUAAUUUUUACCCUAGGGAACAACCUAAGUGGUCGCGUACACAUUUCAUGAGACUAAAACUCAAUAAUUUAUUGUUUUAAAUUUAUCUUGGGGGUCUAGAUUAAAUUAUUUGAGAAUCAGUCAUGGGAAUUUUAGAGAAAAUAUCGGAGAUUGAGAAGGAGAUUGCGAGGACACAGAAAAAUAAAGCUACGGAGUAUCAUUUGGGAUUGCUCAAAGCAAAAUUAGCCAAAUACAGGUCACAGCUUCUUGAGCCCUCUAAGAAAUCCGAAAAGGGUGAAGGAUUUGAUGUGUUGAAGUCGGGGGAUGCUAGAGUAGCAUUAAUUGGAUUCCCAUCAGUGGGAAAAUCCACUUUGCUGUCAACACUAACUCAUACAGAAUCUGAGGCUGCCUCCUACGAGUUCACGACGUUGACAUGUAUCCCUGGAGUCAUUGAGUAUAAGGGAGCUAAUAUCCAGCUGCUGGAUUUGCCUGGAAUUAUUGAGGGAGCAGCACAGGGCAAAGGUCGGGGUAGACAGGUGAUAGCUGUAGCCAGAACAGCUGACCUAGUCCUAAUGAUGCUGGAUGCAACUAAGCAAGAUGUCCAGAGACAAUUAUUGGAGAAAGAGUUGGAGUCUGUGGGGAUUAGGCUUAACAAGCAAAAGCCAAACAUUUAUUUUAAGAUAAAGAAGGGCGGUGGUCUGUCGUUCAAUUCAACUUGUCUACUUACCAAAGUCGACGAGAAAAUGGUGCAGAUGAUUCUGCAUGAGUACAAAAUUUUUAACGCUGAAGUUUUGUUCAGGGAGGAUUGCACUGCUGAUGAAUUGAUAGAUGUCAUUAAUGCUAAUAGAGUAUAUCUGCCUUGUCUCUACGUUUACAAUAAAAUUGAUCAGAUUUCUAUUGAAGAAGUCGAUAGGAUUGCCAGGCAGCCUAACAGUGUUGUAGUUAGUUGUAAUAUGAAGUUGAAUUUGGACUUUUUGUUGGAGACUCUGUGGGAGUAUCUAUCCCUCAUCAGAGUGUACACGAAGAAGCCAGGACAGCCUCCAGACUUUGACGAUGGUUUGAUUCUAAGAAGAGGUGUCACUGUGGAACAUGUUUGCCAUACGAUACAUCGAACGCUGGCUGCUCAAUUUAAAUAUGGACUUGUCUGGGGAACAAGUACCAAAUAUUCACCUCAGAGGGUGGGUAUCCAACACACCAUGCAUGAUGAGGACGUCAUUCAGGUUGUUAAAAAGUAAAUAAAUCGUGGAUCAUCGCCAGCAUUAACGCAGAGGGAAUCACAAUAAAUAUUUGUUACAGGCAAUACGUUUUUUAUAAAUGAAAAAGUAAUAAAAAUCAUAAUUAUUCAUUUGAUGUCAUCUCAGUUUUCAUUCAGUCAAAAUUCCCGCCUCGGAGAUAUUGACUUCCGGAGGC